GUUUUGAUGUCUCCUCUUGUGUGUUCAACGUGCAGCUGAAGUUCUCCAGUAAUGUGCUCUGUAAUUUUACCAACAACAUACAUAAUGUCAGCUGCGGAGAGCCGAGAGGAAAACAGCGUGCAGGAGGAAGAGCCGAAAGGGACAAAAAGAAAGAUUUCUCUCGCUAAUUGUGGUGUGUGUGGCUCUGAGGAGGCAAAGUACAGGUGUCCCGCCUGUCUUACACAUUCCUGCAGCAUGGUGUGUGUGAAGAAACACAAGGAAGGUUCUGGAUGCAGUGGAGUCAGAGAUAAAACUGCCUUCGUUACCCUCUCACAGUUUGAUGAAAUGACACUUCUCAGUGACUACAGAUUCCUGGAGGACACAGGGCGAUUUGCUGAUGGUGCCACCAGGGACAAGCUCACCCAGAUUCCUCGCACCACUUUAAAAGCAAAGAAGCUGGCGGCCAAUGCCAGAAAGAUGAACAUCACGCUGAGGUUCCUCCCCAUCACCUUCAGUAAGAGCAGAGAAAACUCCACUUUCUUCCUUGCAAAGGAAAAACAGUUCUUGUGGCACCUGAAGCUCAUCUUUCCUCAGAGCAGCACAGAGUUCAGUCAGAGGAGGGUGUCUGAAAGACAAACCUUGAACCAGAUCUUGACCCCUUAUAUCCACCCUACAGAGUCGGACCCUGUGACACGCCAAAAGUUGAAGAUGUAUGUGCACACUCCAUUUGAUCAUGUGAAAGUCUUCAUGAAGGCAGAGGGGAGAAAGGCCAACUCUGUGAGGUAUCAUGAGCUGGACAUUCAGAAGAGCCUAAGGGAGAACCUGAGCUACAAAACAUUGAUUGAAUAUCCUGUGCUGCAUGUUGUACGCCGAGAAUAUUGGAAGGACUAUCCACUGAAAGGACCAGCUGCUGUAACACUGCAAAUUUCCCCACUGUGGGACUAAUAAAGGACUAUCUUAAUUUCUGCACCAAUACUAACCUACUGAUGCUUUAUUGGCAAAAAAGCAUUUCUUCAUCACUACCUUCAACCUAAUGUGUCCCUUUUCACUUUUAACCUAUGCUUUCUGUAACUAAACAAAAGUGUGGAUAUGUGACAUGAAUCAAAAUUCUACGUACCUCCCAAACACCAACCCUUCUCGGCUACACUGAUUCCAACAGCAUUGUAUCAUGUCCUGGUUUCUCCAGCUGAGACUUUAAGAGUCCCUGUUCCUGUAUUUUUCACUAUGGCAACAUGCUACCCCAACGGAAAUGAGUGUGCUCUGCACAGCAUCAUGCACACCAAGUUAACCUCAACAGCAACCAUUUCCAAAAAGAGGAUCAAACAUGGCUUACUGUUGAACAGUGACCUCAUGAGUUGUGAAAUGACAUAAGAUGAAUAAACAGGAUGUCAGCCUGUGCUUUUUCUCACCUGUUUGUCAGUCAGAUGUUUAUAUACAGCGAUUUCUUCCUACUCACAUGUGUCUAUCUCAGCAGGGCGAGUAUGGUCACAAAAGACCACACUAACCCAGUAUCAUUACGCUGUCAGAACAGACAGGCUGAAUGAUGAAUAAGGUAAUUUUAGUCUGAGUGUGUGUGUGUUUUCAGCGAUAAGGCGUUGGUGCCACACUGUUUUGCUAUAAUGUUAGCCACAGAAACAUCCUGAUAAUUGCACAUGCCAUGGCCUGGGAAGCUUGGCAGGAAGCGAUAACAAGCAAUAGGACACUGUGGCCGCCGCAUAUUAUGUGAGGAUACAGUAAUGUUAAGGCUGUAGCUGGCUCCAUACAGGCAGCAUGCAGCUGCUCAGUGUUCUGGCUUAAACUACAUUCAGCCAGUCAAGGUUGACUGUAUUCAUGGACUCAUUGACCCUAAGCCAGCCCCUCUGUGAUAACAUUUUAUCUUGCUAUUGUUUGAAAAUGAGAGAAAGAGAAAGUUAUCCUCAUUAAUAAAAAUCAAGACACAAUCACUCUGAGACUUCUUUCACAGCAUUUGAUUCGAAUAUAUUUACGUUUUCGCAAUAUUUCCCUUUAAGAAUUACCAGUGAGGUGACAUCAGGCUGCCUUUACUGUUGUUGCCAAACAAACGUACUAUCUAGGGAGCAAAGCCACAAUAUUGUAAUGUUUGAGAAAGGUCGGAAAAACUUCAAAUCUACCAAUUGUGAAAGAAGUCCCAAUUCCCAAAAAACUAGUGCUGGGAGCCAAAAGUGUCUGCUUUAGAUUGAGGACAAGAGGAUAGUUGAGUUAGCCUUGUUAUACAGGUAAAGAUAGCUUGGCUUCUGAAGUGUGAAAAAAAAUGUUUGAAUAACAAGUGAUGUGUCAGCCAUAUAUAAAGGUGGGAGGUGUAAAGAAUAAGUGUUUCUAUGAAUAUGGGAGAGGGCAUAUGCCAAAAGUGAGAAAUCUCAUAGGUACUGAUUUAUUGACAUGUCUUUUACUAAACAGCUAAAUCUAAGUUUGUAAACAUAUGUUUGUCAACACUGAACCAAAGCAGGUUUAUAUUUUUUAUUUAUGAUCAGCUGAGGAUGCACGUUCUCCAUCUAUAACUCAAACUUGUGUGUGGGGCCUUUAAAUUCUGUAAGUAAUGGUCUCUGCCAAAGACAAAUGGUUAAUGGGAGACGAGCAAAGCUUUUUAAUUGCAUCUCAUGUUACAGCACAAAGAAGAAAAUGUGAGUUACAUUAAUCUUUCAUAUUAUAGCCUCAGCUGGACAACCGUUUUUUAAAGAUACAGUGGAAAAUGUGGUGGCCAAAGUGUCUGAGGUUUAAAGUGAAUUUCAGGAAGAUGUGUUCAUGGACAUCAUUAUAUGUGUUUUAUGAUUCACCAGACUGGGGAUAUCAUGUUGGAGAGUAAUUGCUUAUAAUUCACAAUUAUCAUUUUACAGUCAUUUAUUCUACAGCCUUUCUUUCAUACACGUCCACCCUACUAUAUUGCAUAACUAACUGCUUGGCAUUCUGCCUCAUCCUGGAAACCAUGGAGCUUAAACAUAGCGUCAUUAUUCCCAAACUAUUUGAACUGACCCUCUCUUUCUCAGCAUUUAUGUUCAAGCAUGACCCCCGCCAUACCUAACCAUUUCUAUGCAAAUGCUUACUCUGAUCAAUAGCGUAUACGUUUUAACAUGUAAGAAUUUAACUUUUGCAUCAGUCGUGUUUAAUCAUGUUAUACACAA